UUAUGUAGGGUAGUUUUAGCCUGCUUCCCAACCAUGCUUUAGAUAGGAACAAAGCUGACAGACUGACCGAGGGACUGAAACAGACUGACGGGUGGGAAAACAGACACAGAAACUCGGUCAACACCAACACUGUGACCACCAACACCAACACAGUGACUUUCAACAUCAACACCGGGACUACCAACACCAGCAAAGUGACUAUCCACACCAACAGAGUGAGUACCAAGACCAGCAAAGUGACUAUCCACACCAACACAGUGACUACCAGCACCAGCAAAGUGACUAUCAACACCAACAAAGUGAGUACCAAAUCCAACAGAGUGACUAUCAACACCAACAGAGUGACUACCAAAUCCAACAGAGUGACUAUCAACACCAACAGAGUAACUACCAAAUCCAACAGAGUGACUACCAACACCAACAGAGUGACUACCAACACAGAUGCUUGGGCAGCACCUGACAGUCUAGCUGACAGAUUGGCCUGACUAGUGGCAUGUCUCCUGCUGGGAGGUGGAGUGUCCUUCUCUUCCUAGCUGGGUUCUGCGGAAGCCUGGGGUCCCUGUUCCUAAUGCUCUCUUUUGGGUCAGACUACUGGCUACUGGCCUCUGAGACGUGUGGCCCCGGGGGGUCCAGGAGUGCUGGGGACCUCAGAUUUGGCGAAGGGGAGGUGCAACGUCAGGACACCUUCUUCCACCAAGGCCUCUUCUGGAGAUGCUCUUUCCUGGGAACAAGAGAGGAAGACUUACAGUGGCUCUUCUGGAUCACUAACCAACCAAACCAAAAGAUAUGUGUGCCCGCCUACCUCUUCCCAUUUCCUGCCUCUGAUCCGACUCCGGAGUACCAGUUACCUGACUCUACUGAGGAGUACCAGUUACCUGACUCUACUGAGGAAUACCAGUUACUUAACUCUGCUGUCUACAGGGCCCUCUGGAGCAUCUUCCUUCUAGUGGGCACUUCCACCAUAAUGGUUGGAGUGUUCCUCAUUCUCUGUGGCUCCCCAUUUGCCAACUUUAGACUCUACAAAGUAGGCGGGGCACUCUUUCUCACUGGAGGUCUAUGUCUCCUGACCGUUGUAGUGAUGUUUGUGGUGUGGACCCAGGUGUUGGACACCCUAGAGAACUACGCGGCCCGGCGACAGCUCUCCUCUCGGUGUCCAGCAGUGUACCACCUGAGUGUCCUCUAUGGCCUCUCUUUCCUGUUCGCUCCCGUCUCAAUCUUCUUCCUUUUGUUGGCCGCACUGCUCUUCAUUCUGACAGGCCAUGUCAGAGAGGGCUCUGCACGGAGAACAUUGGAGGUUGAACCAGCGACAGUCCUGCUCCAUAAAGACUUAGACUUCAGUCCGGAUUCCAGAGCCAGUAGUGACUUAUAGUGUGGUCAAGUCUUAUUUCCUCUCACAGUUUAACACAGAUGAAUUCCAUUAAUACCACUGAAAUUAUAAACUGUGAUUAGAUUUGAAUAAAUAGACACUUGUCCCUGUCACUGGGAGU